CCUUGACUUCCGGUUACCAGGUCGGUCACGGCCACCGCACGUGAGCCUCCUGGAGUGGUGAGGCGGACUCGAGACUGCUUCGCAAUCGGGUCAAGUCCAACCAAAUCGGAGCGGAGGACUCUGGAUCUACUUUGGCGUGCAAUUGUGCGGAUUUUUUCGACGCCUGCACGGCACGCCAACUUUGACGCCGGAAGAGACGCUCAGGUUAAUUGCAAACACCUGAGGGGGAGGAAGAAAGGAGGACUGCAAGAUAUCUCCUCCUCUUCUAUGUUUUCGCACACUGUUGCAGCGUAAUUUGUCCAAAUGGCGACAUUUUGACCCUCCGCAACCGAACUUGUUCACUCGAAUGGGGAACCACAUGGACCGGUUAAGUUACGCCGAAGUUCCCACCGUGGACCCGCACGGCGUGGACCUGGACGAGGGCCCUCCCAUCGGCGUCUCGUACAUUUUCUCCGGCGGGGACGACGACGAGGACGAACCGGAUGGAGGUGGUGGUGAUGGAGGUGCGGCGGAUGGGACUCAGCCAAACGCGAACUCUGAAAAAACGCCGUUCGACCCCCGGGAGGAGGUGGAGUGCGCCGUGUACAAGCUGGACGAAUGCGUGUACGAGAAGUGCCGCCGGUCUUCCAGCUUGGAGGUGUAUUCGCCGGAGAACCUGCUCAACAAGUGCCGCGCAGGCGACCUGGUGGAGUUCGUAGCCUGCGGCCAGUACCCGCACUGGGCGGUGUACGUGGGCGACUUCCAGGUGGUCCACCUGCAUCGUGCAGAGGUGAAGAGCGCCUUCCUGACGGAUGCCGGCCGAGGGAGACGCUGCCGGAUCGUUAACGAGCGCUACAAAUUCCGAGCCCGAUACCCCGACGCGGUGGUGCAGAGCGCCCUGGAGCAGGUGGGCCUGAAGGACCACGAGCUGAGCUGGCGGAACUCGGAGAGCUUCGCCGCCUGGUGCCGCUUCGGCCGGCGGGAGUUGAAGGCCGGCAGCGCGCUGCCCGCUGGUGCCCACCACCAAUCGUACACACUGCACGUCUUGCUGGGCGAACACAAGUAUUCGCAUGCCCUCGAGUUCCAGAGCCUGGAGGACGCGAUCGCCGAGAAGAGACGUGGGGACUCCCUGGGUCGGACUGCCCUCCUCCGGGAGCUGGCCGCCCACAUGAGGACCGAGACCGGAGAUCACUGAUGGCAACAAUCCGACCAUCUUGCUCUUCUUCAAGUCUGCUUUUAGCGCCUUAAAUGGGGGCUUGGACAUAUUGAAAUGCUUCAUUCCAAAUUGUUCGUAUGACUCACAAAAGUAGGUUUUAAAUUUGUCCUCAAUUUGAUGUUAUUGCCUCAAACCUGCGGGAUAUGAAACGAUGAAUUGACCCAAAACAAAUUUAAGCGGAAUCAAGCUCAAGGUAACACAAAUUUUAACAACGGACUGAACUGCUCAGAGCCUCAACUCUCGUCACACGUCACUCACCAGGCUAAGCCCCGCCCUUUCAAAGUCACAGUGGUGAACGUGAGGGUGCUGACCUCAAGUGGACAAAAGUGUUCACUGCACAUUUUGGCUUGCCGUUGAAUCAUCUUUUUAUGCACGAAUUGAUGCGAUAAUUGGUAGAAUUCUUGAUUCUGAAAAUAUUUGAUUAAUCUAGCUGCAGGAGGUUUAAGCAUUUUUUUCAUGCAGUAAAAUGAUCUUUUUAAUGUACAGUGGAGCCUCGGUUUUCGACCACAAUCUGUUCCAGA